UGUUGUGUUGUGCUGUGCUUUUAAAUACCCACAUGGAAAUAUAGGAAAUGUCCUAUGAAAUUUCCGCAGAUGUCCAAUGCAUCAGCCAUCGUGUAAAAAUAUUGGGUAUUUCAUAGAAAUUUCUAGAUUGUUUUUGACGUCCCAGUAUUUUUCAUAGAAAACGUGACUCCUUGAAAUUUUGCAAAAAUGUUCGGUGGACAAGGCCCUAUUAUUGUUUUGAGUCAAAAUACCAAGAGAGAUUCAGGGCGGAAAGUUCAGCUGGAAAACAUCGCGGCCGGCAAGGCUAUCGCUGAUGUGAUUCGCACGUGCCUGGGACCCCAGGCUAUGCUGAAAAUGCUGAUGGAUCCCAUGGGUGGCAUCGUGAUGACUAAUGACGGAAAUGCCAUUCUCAGGGAGAUCACAGUGCAGCAUCCGGCGGCCAAGAGUAUGAUUGAGAUUGCUAGGACGCAGGAUGAGGAAGUGGGCGAUGGAACAACGUCAGUUAUUGUGCUAGCUGGGGAAAUGCUGGCUGUGGCUGAGCCUUUCCUGUCGCAGCAAAUUCAUCCAACCGUCAUCAUCCGGGCGUAUCGUGAGGCUCUCGAAGACAUUCAGAAAAUCAUGGAAAAUGAACUGAGCAUCCCGUUGGAUCGGUCAGAUAAGAAACGCCUGGCACAGGUGGUGGAAUCCUGCAUAGGAACAAAAUUCAUCGGUCGCUGGGCAGAGCUGGCAGUGAAAAUUGCCCUGGAGGCAGUAGAGACGGUAAUGGUGCAGGAGAAUGGACGCACGGAGGUGGACAUUAAGCGCUAUGCAAAGGUUGAGAAGGUUCCUGGGGGUUCAAUUGACGAAUCCUGUGUCCUGCGUGGCGUUAUGCUCAACAAAGAUGUUACCCAUCCGAAGAUGAAGCGCUACAUUGAAAAUCCCAAGAUUGUUCUUCUGGAUUGUCCGUUGGAGUACAAGAAGGGUGAGAGUCAGACGAAUGUGGAAAUUGUGGCAGAGACAGAUUUCACGAGGAUGCUGCAGAUUGAGGAGGAGCAUGUGGCUAGGAUCUGCAAGGACAUCAUUGACGUAAAGCCGGAUUUGGUGUUCACGGUAAAGGGUGUGUCAGAUCUGGCACAGCAUUUCCUCGUCAACGCAGGUAUCACUGUCAUCCGGCGCGUGAGGAAGACAGACAAUCUCAGGAUUGCCAGAGCCUGCGGAGCCACCAUUGUCAAUCGCACGGAGGAGCUCCAGGAAAAGGAUGUAGGAACCGGUUGUGGAUUGUUUGAAGUCAAGAAAAUCGGGGACGAGUACUUCACAUUCAUCACUAACUGCAAAGAUCCCAAGGCCUGCACCAUCCUCCUACGCGGUGCAUCGAAGGAUAUUCUCAGCGAGACAGAACGCAAUCUCCAGGAUGCCCUGCAUGUGGCCAAGAAUCUGGUACUGGAACCUCGUCUUGUGCCCGGCGGUGGAGCCAUUGAGAUGGCCAUCUCACAUGCUCUGACCCGGAAGCAGGUACAGGGCCCCUAUAGGGCUGUAGCGAACGCCUUGGAAAUCAUUCCCAAGACUCUGGCUCAGAACUGUGGAGCAAAUAUCAUUCGUACUCUCACUGCUCUACGCGCCAAGCACGCCUCUCACUCUGGCGAGGGCAUCUGCCCAUGGGGUAUCGACGGGGAGUCCGGAGAACUAGUGGACAUGAACGUCCGAGGAAUUUGGGAGCCGAUCUCUGUGAAGUUGCAGGUGUACAAAACCGCCGUGGAGACGGCAAUUCUCCUGCUGCGUAUCGAUGAUAUUGUGUCUGGAUCAAAGAAGAAGGCCAAGGACAAUGAACCACCUUCGCCAGCGCAAAUGGCAGCUGGAGCUCAGGAUUAGCUUCAUCUCACAAUUUUUUUCAUUCACAUGCCUCACUUUAACAUCUUUUUCCUCUAAUACACCUAUUUUUGUAUUAAUCCCCAAAUGCUUGUACGUCCAGUGAUUUUCAAAUAAACAUUUCUUUUAAGCUGGAAA